AGGGGAAUGUCAGGAAAGACGUGUAGCAGCAACAGUAUGGUUCAAACACAAAAACUGGUGGAUCAACUUCGGGUGGAGGCAAGCAUGGAGAGAAUCAAGAUCUCCCUGACAGCAGGAGACUUGGUUCAGUACUGUCAGGACCACAGGCGCAGUGACCCUUUGCUCACUGGCAUCGCUGCCUCAUCCAAUCCUUUCAAAGAUAAGAAGACCUGUGUGCUGCUUUGA